CGUGCAAUAGAACGCAUUGACGAUCGACAAAUUCAGAAUGAUCUUGGUAUUUUGGUGUCUGAAUUGCAAUCAUUGUGCAAUAGUUACGACGCGCUUUGGAUCAGAAAUGAGAACUUAGCUAACCCGCUGAGUUUUACUUUUCCAUUAGAGGGAAUUGUUCAAAAAGGAAGAAGACGAUACAGUCUUCUGCAGAAUGCUUUGACCAACUUACAUGGAUACACCGCAGCUGAUGGUCUCAAGUUGCUGUGGAAAUUGGA